AUGCAAAAGCAAGUCCUGUCCUUAACGGAAGCCGCGGCUGCUAGAAUACGCCAACUCCUUGAGCAGCGCCAGCGCUCUUUCCUCAAGCUCGGUGUCAAGGCUCGAGGCUGCAACGGCUUAUCGUACACCCUCAACUAUGCCGACAAGAAAGGCAGGUUUGAUGAGUUGGUCGAUGAUAAAGGAGUCAAGAUAUUGAUUGAUCCAAAGGCCCUCAUGCAUGUCAUAGGAACCAAUUUGUUGAUGACAAACUGA